AUGCCAUCGUCAAUCAUUCCGAAGAAACCAGCUCAGCGUUCCGUUUCGAGUCACGGAGCCAACCAAACUAAUGUCCGGCAAUGCGUCAUUUGUUCCGAUCAUCACCCUUUAUACACUUGUGGGAGUUUUUCGAAGCUUUCGGUAGAAGAAAAGGAGAAAGAAGUCCGUCGCCAUCAACUGUGCCGGAAUUGUCCGCGAAAGGGUCAUCUCUCAAAGGAUUGUGCGUCGUCUAGCAACUGCCGCAAGUGUCGUGGACGUCAUCAUUCUCUGAUCUGUCCAAAUGAUUCCUCUUCCUCGAAAUACAAGUCUUCGAGCCCACAGUCAUCGAAACCUCUCACUUCCAGUCCUUCUAGCGAUCCUCCAACCACUUCUGCAUCUGCAACGGUUGUCGAGUCGAUCAGUUGCGCGUCCGCUGGACACUGUCAGAAGACGGUCCUUCUUGCCACAGCCGUGAUUAUUCUCAUCGACGACCACGGGGUCGAACACAUCGCUCGCGCACUCCUGGACUCGGGAAGUGAAUGCUGCUUCAUUACCGAACGGUUCUCGCAGCGCAUCAAGGUUCAACGAAAAAAGAUCUACCUACCGAUAACGGGCAUCGGUCAAGCAUCCACUCAGGCCAAGCAUAAACUCUUCUCUAAGAUUCAGUCUCGAGUUGGCGAGCACUCCACCAACGUCGAAUUUCUUGUUUUGCCCAAAUUAACAAUCGACUUGCCAGCCACAUCCGUCGACACUUCGACAUGGAACAUGCCUCCCAGCAUCCAGUUAGCUGAUCCGUCGUUCGACAGCACUAAUCCCGUGGAUAUUAUCAUCGGAGCCGAAAUAUUGUUUGAUCUGUUCAAGGUUCCUGGUCGCAUUCCGCUCGGCGACAAUCUUCCAGUGCUGGUCAACUCUGUCUUUGGUUGGGUCGUGUCUGGAAAGUCCACUAUCAGUCCACGGACCGCUCUUGUUGUCUCUAACGUCGCUACCGAUGACUGUGGGCUUGUCUCUAACGUCGCUACCAUCUCCGAUAUUCACCAACUUAUGGAAAAAUUCUGGACAAUCGAAGAAGAUAGCUCAUCGACAGCGUACUCCGUUGAGGAAGCAGCAUGUGAGGAGCAUUUUCAGCGCACCGUUACUCGCAACGCUGAGGAACGAUAUAUCGUUCGCUUGCCAGUCAAGGGGGACGUGCAACGUCAGCUCACCGACAACCGACGCAUAGCUCCCGAGCUUCACCAGCAGUACAAAGCCUUCAUCGACGAGUAUCGCGACCUCGGACAUAUGGAGCGGAUUCAUGACUAUGACAACCCAGCAGUUCAACACUACUACCUCCCUCAUCACGCUGUGAUUCGCCAGGACAGCACAACCACCAAAUUACGGGUAGUCUUCAACGCUUCAAGUAAAACACCCAACGGACCUUCGCUCAACGACGCCCUAAUGGUGGGACCAACCGUGCAAGAGGACAUUCGAUCGAUCACGAUGCGAUCUCGGAUGCAUCAAGUCAUGAUAAUUGCCGAUGCAAAGAUGAUGUACCGCCAAGUUCUUGUUGACCGUCGUGACUGUCGAUUUCAGCUCAUUGUCUGGAAACCAUCACCAGACCAUCCCAUGGAAACGUACGAACUAAGAACGGUGACGUACGGUACGGCCAGUGCCCCGUUCCUUGUCACUCGAGUGCUAAUUCAGCUCGCAGAUGAUGAAGGGCAUCAAUUUCCACUGGCAGCGAGGGCACUCAAGAAGGAUGUCUACGUCGACGAUCUCUUUUCCGGUGGCGAAACUAUAAAAGAAGUCAUCGAACUCCGCAAACAACUAGACGCACUCCUAGCAAAAGGCGGAUUUCAGCUUCGCAAAUGGGCUUCAAACGAAGAGGCAGUUCUUGAAGGGAUUCCACCGGAAAACCGCGCUCUCCUCACUUCCUUUGACCUAGACCGCGACCAAGUCAUCAAAACGCUUGGGUUGCAUUGGGAACCAGCUACAGAUUGUCUACGUUACAAAACCGACUUCCCACCCGACACAGAAAACCAGCCUAUCACCAAACGGAUUACACUCUCGUUGAUUGCUCGUCUCUACGAUCCGCUUGGCUUGGUAGGACCCGUCGUCACAUCCGCGAAAAUCUUCAUGCAAAACUUGUGGACUCUAAAAACCGACGACGGAUCAUCUUGGAGUUGGGACAAGGAAUUGCCAAUCGACUAUCAAACCCGGUGGAUCGAUUACAAGUCGCAGCUACCCAGACUCAACGAACUCCGCAUAACUCGCUGCAUUCUUUUGGCGAAUCCGGAAACCAUUCAAAUCCACAUUUUCUCCGACGCUUCGCAGCUUGCGUAUGGAGCCUGCACCUACAUCAGAUCAACCAAUGCAUCUGGGAGAGUCAAAGUUGCCCUACUCACUGCAAAAUCAAGGGUAGCUCCUCUCAAGCGGAAGUCAAUUCCUCGACUUGAACUGUGUAGGGCCCUAUUGGCAGCGAAACUUUACGAGAAGCUCGCCACCCAGAACUGCUCGUGGAAUCAUAUCGCUGGAAUGGUAAACCCAGCGGAUUGCAUUUCUCGUGGAAUCUCAGCCGACACUAUCAUCGACUUCGAUCUCUGGUGGCAAGGACCUGAAUGGCUUCGACAACCCCAAGCAAAUUGGCCAAUCUCUACGAAUGCAUCCGAUCAACCGCCUGGAGCAUUGGAAGAAGCUCGUCUAACAACCAUAGCUGUCCCAUCGUUUCCAACUGAACCAUCUUUCGUCGACCGUGAGCGCCCGAAAACUAUCCUACAAAGUAGGGAAGAGUUAAUUGGAGCGGAAAAUCUGCUAAUCAAAUUGGUGCAACAACAGGCGUUUAACGAAGAUUGGAAACAACUUCAACAAUCGAAACCCGUGUCAUCUAAAUCCCGCCUCAAAUGGUUCCAAUCGGUGGCAGACUAG